CGCUUGCGCUCCGCCGUGACGUCAGUUACCUGCGACUUCUACUUGCAGGGGAAUCCACGUGUUUCGACAUUUCCGGGUCUCCGACUCGGGUUAGCCAUGGAGGAGGCAACGGCGGUGCCCCAGAAGCGUUACUACCGGCAGCGCGCUCAUUCAAACCCGCUGGCGGAUCACACCUUACUCUAUCCUGCCAGACCUGAGGAAAUGGACUGGUCUGCAUUAUAUCCAGAGUUCUUUGCUCCUUUAACCAAGGAUAAUUUGCACGAUGAUCCAAAGGACAUGGAGGAAAGAACCAAACCUAGAUAUCAAGUGGAAUUUGCUGAUAUCGGUUGCGGUUAUGGAGGAUUACUUGUGGCCCUGUCCCCCCUGUUCCCAAAUACGCUAAUGCUGGGCCUGGAGAUCCGUGUAAAAGUCUCCGACUAUGUUUGUGACCGAAUCCAGGCACUCAGAGCUUCUCACCCAGGGCAGUUCCAGAAUAUUUCCUGUGUUCGCAGCAAUGCUAUGAAGCACUUGCCCAACUUCUUCUGCAAGGGACAGCUCCUCAAAAUGUUCUUCCUCUUUCCUGAUCCUCAUUUCAAGAAGACAAAACACAAGUGGCGGAUUAUCAGCUCCACUUUGCUGGCGGAAUAUGCCUACGUCUUGCGCGAACAGGGCCUAGUAUAUACCAUAACGGAUGUGGAAGAGGUGCACACAUGGAUGGUGAAGCAUUUUCGAGAACAUCCCCUUUUUGAGGAAGUGCCACUAAAAGAAUUGGCGGCUGACCCUAUUGUAAGCCUCCUAGGAACCUCAACUGAAGAAGGGAAGAAGGUUCAGAGGAAUGGAGGCGAAGUCUUCCCAGCUGUCUUCCGUCGGAUCAGGGAACAAGAAAUGGCAAGAACAUGACUGGGAGUUACCUAAAUUCUUUCCAUGCAUUCAUAUCUGCAGCAAGAAACCUGGUGAAAGUGAAGGAUUGGUUGCUUCUGGCUGCACUGGAGUUGACCUUUCAUAAAGAGGGAUGGAUAAUCCUUUCUGGUGAAACAUUUUCACUGUUGCAUAAGGGUUUUCUUGGUUCACAUGUUUGCUUCUUAAUUUUGCCCCUAGAAGGAAUGCAUCCAGUGGGCGUUCCUGAUGACCACAUAAAGGUCAGAAGUACACAGCAGGACCAAGGCGAGGCUCUUUUAAGAUUUGUCACUUUAUUUUGUAUAUAAUAAACUUGGAAAGUUUUGUUAAAAUAAGGGACUUGGGGGAUCCAUCUCCCCUUGACUUGAGAGCAUGCGUAAGACCCCUUUGGGACGUGGUUCCUUCUUGUAUUUCUUGUCAUCCUCUUCUAUCUCCCCCAGAGCUCACUUUCAGACCUACAUCUUGUACCUCCAAUAACUGGUACAUGUUACAGGGCAAGUGCCAUCCCCUCUUCCUCCAGAUCUUUGCCAGUUCUAAAAUCCUUUGGGGAAUUUUUGGGAGGGGAAUUACUGCAGCGACAAGUUGCCAGCCUGAUCACCUCAUAAUGUCAUAUGGGAAAAAAACAGCAGUAGAGCUUAUAUGCAGCAUUUACAGCCCUCUAAGCAGUUCACAGCAUGUUGCCCUCAACAAUCCGGGUCUUCAUUUUACCAAC